UACCAGCUCGUGACGUUCCACCCGGACGACCCGGAGAACCCCAAGAACUGGUCCAAGGGGUACAAGUGGUACAUCACCAUGGUCGUCGCCCUGACCUGCUUCGUCGUGGCGUUCGCGUCGUCCGUCAUCACUGCUGACGUUGCCGGCGUGGCGAAGGAGUUUGGCGCCAGCGAGGAGCUGACGCUGGCGAGUAUCUCGUUGUUUGUUGUUGGUUUCGGUGUUGGGCCUAUGGUUUUCGCGCCGCUUUCUGAGGUCUAUGGUCGGAGGAUCAUCUACGGUUCAACUUUGCUCGUUGCGGUCGUUUUCAUUAUCCCUAGUGCGGUGGCCAAGAACAUCGAGACGAUCCUGGUCUGCCGUGCCAUUGACGGCAUUGCCUUCUCUGCCCCGAUGACUCUGGUCGGUGGUACGCUUGCCGAUCUCUGGAGGAACGAGGAGCGUGGAGUUCCCAUGGCUGCCUUCUCUGCCGCGCCAUUCAUUGGUCCUGCCAUUGGUCCUCUCAUCGGUGGCUACCUCUCCGAUGCCGCCGGCUGGCGCUGGCUGUACUGGAUCCAGCUCAUCUUCUCCGGCAUCAUCUGGGUCCUCAUCACCUUCACCGUCCCCGAGACGUACGCGCCCACCAUCCUCGCCGCCCGCGCCAAAAAGCUCCGCGCCGAGACUGGCGAUGCCCGCCACGUCACGGCCGAGGACAUCGACGCGCGCCCCAUGCAGGAGCGCCUCGCCGUCUUCAUGAUCCGCCCCUUCCAGCUCCUCUUCGGCGAGCUCAUCGUCUUCCUCAUCUCCCUCUACAUGAGCGUCCUCUACGGCCUCCUCUACAUGUUCUUCGUCGCCUUCCCCAUCAUCUACCAAAAGGGCAAGGGCUACUCGGCCGGCAAGACGGGACUCAUGUUCAUCCCCGUCGCCGUGGGCGUCAUCCUCUCCGCCGUCUGCUCGCCCCUCGUCAACAAGCACUACCUCCAGCUCGUCGCCAAGCACAACGGCCACCCGCCCGCCGAGGUCCGCCUCAUCCCCAUGAUGCUCUCGUGCUGGUUCAUCCCCAUCGGCCUCUUCAUCUUCGCCUGGACCGCCUACCCGGAGCUCUCGUGGGCGGGUCCCGCGAUGGGCGGCUUCCCCGUGGGCUUCGGCUUCAUCUUCCUCUACAACUCGGCCAACAACUACCUCGUCGACUCGUACCAGCACCAGGCCGCCUCCGCCCUCGCCGCCAAGACUUUUAUCCGCAGCUUCUGGGGCGCCGCCGUCGUCCUCUUCACAGAGCAGAUGUACGACCGGCUCAACGACCGCUGGGCGUCGACGCUGCUCGCCUUUAUCAGCCUCGCGUGCUGCGGUAUCCCCUUCUUAUUCUGGCGCUACGGGGCCAAGAUCCGCGAGAGGAGCAAGUAUGCGUACGCGGGCGACGAGGAGUCGGAUUCGGGAUCUGCCUCGGACGUGGAGAAGGGCAAGAAGGGGGAUGUGCACCACAAGCAUACGCAUGGGGGUGCGCUGGUGCGGGACGAUCCCACCGAUGAUGAGGAUCUGAGGAGGGCGAGGAGUUACGUUAGCAAUCCUUAA